AUGGAUAAUUUAAAAUUACCUAUUGUUAUUAUUAAAAAAAUAUUAAGAUUGUUAACAUCAGUAGAUUAUAAAAAUUUAAAAACUUAUUUAUUAAUUUCAAAAGGACUCAGAGAUUUCAUUUUAACAAUUAUUAAUGGUGUAGUAAUAAAUAAUAAACGUCAGCUUAAUCAAAUCACAAAGGUAAAAUUAUAUAAUGGUCAAUAUUUCAAAGAUUAUAUUAAAAAGGUAAUUUUAGAUACAAUUGAUUUUAAACCAUCUCCUUGGGAUCAAAUUAAAAAUGAAGAUUUAUCAGAGUUCAAAAACUUGAAGCUUGUUACAAUUAAAUUGUUAAACAAUAUCGAUCUUACUGAAACAUCUAAAAUUGUAAAUAAUUCAAAAUAUAAAACCAAGUUUAGAAGUUUUGGCUCCGAUUCUCCAUACAAGAUCGUAGGCUCUAAUAAUCCUUUCAUCAAUUUAAAAAAGUUGACAUUACCUACUUGUAAUUAUACACUACCAGAGGUAACCAAUCACAUAGUCCCAUCAAAGAAUUUAAAGUCUAUUGAUAUUUCAAUAAACCCAUGGAAACCCCAGUUUAUCUUAGCUGAAGACCGAGACUUUGACCGUGAGAGUGAUUUAUUUUUUCAAUCUUUAAAGGAUUUAAAUUUGAAGAAAUUGUCACUAAGAGAUAGAAGAGUCUAUACUUCAAAUUCAUCAGAAUAUUUAAAUAUGAAUCAAUUCGCCCUCCCAGAGUACUCAUAUUUUAUAACCGUUUUAAAUAGUACUAUUCCAUUAUUAAACCUUUCAAAAUUACAUUUAUAUGGAAUCUUCAUCGAACCAAAUAAUUUCUUCAACUCUUUAUCCCAAUCAAAAUCAUUGAAGAUUACCAAAUUAAAAUUAGUAUCAACCAAUUUAAAAGAGGAAAAUGUCUUUGGUGAAUUGAUCCAUUACCUAACAGAGAUAAACAAAGAAAUUAAGAACCUAUCAAUUAGAAAAAAUUUUAUUAGAACCUCUAAUCAAAAUAAAAUGUUUAUGAAAUACUUAAGAGAAACAAAUACUCUUCAAAAAUUAGAUGUUUCAUAUAAUUAUUUUGACUGCAAAGAUAUUUUUGCACAAGUUAUUUCAAAAAGAAAUCAAUUAUCAAAUAUCACAAUUUCAGACCUUACCGAUGCACCACAUGAUUUAUUGGUUUCAAGCAAUAUCUUAAAUGAUGUGCAAGUAAAAUAUUCUGGUGGACUUAGAAAUGAAGUAUUGACAAACAAUAAAGUCAAAGAAAUUAAAAAUAACAUGCAUUGUAGAACAGCCUUUUCUUAUUUUUAA